UUAUUACGUUAUGUAGUUUUGUGCAGGAGACUUCAAAAUUUUCAAAGAGAAUGCUGCUAAAUGUGCCCAAGGGCUGUUCAACACAUUUGGAAGCCUAAGGGGACUAUAACAUGAUUCCAGUUUAGCACUUUCAAUCUACACUUAAAUCUAACUCUUUUGUUUUGCGAUAUAAUUUUGUAUUUCUAAUUUGGACAUAUUAAUAGAUGAAAUAAAUUCGUGUAAAUUGUCGAAGGGUGCACAAAAAAGUCAAAUCAAUUUAUUUGUGUGAAACCAGCUGCCUUCCACAUGCUUCAUUGUAUUGCAAAUGUUACGUUAUAAGUAAUUAGUCGUUGACUGGAGAAAACUAAAUCAAACUGGCAGUUAACACGAGGAAAAAGAAAUCAUUUACUGUGGUAUUACAAAAGGAUUCGAGUAUCGAUGUUCAAAGCUUAUCAUUCGCAUUACUGUGCUCUAUGUUCGGUGUGUUGUGUGGUCUGUGAGGGAAGGAAGUUUAACUUGGUGUAAUGAUUGUUGUUACGAAGAAUUGACAAUUUACAUUGUUGCAUGUAAUGAGUUUUGCUUGAGCGUAUUUUCGUUGGUAGUAUUGUAUAGUCAGCGAGUUUUGCAACUGGAAAGCUGUAGUUGAACUUACAGUAAUUGUAGGAGUUUACUGUCAAACAUUUGUCAAUUGGAUUUUGCACUGGCGUAGGACUGCAAUGCAUGUACGCGUAAUGUUUUAUAAACUGAAGCGGGUAUAGUAGACAACGCUAGAAAAUGGACAAUACUGAUGGCAGUGAGCUGGAAGAUGGCGAGAUCGUGGAGUACACACCGCUCGAGAGGCCAGUAAGCUACUGUGCUGCUCCUAAUGUCCAUGUGGACGAUGCAAACAGUGAUGAUGAUGCUGAUGAUGGUUCAGACAGUGGAAGUGAAGACAGUGACUCUCCGUGCUUCAGUGCAAAAAGACAUAAAAUGCAAACUGAACGCACUACUUCUGUUGAUACACGCCUGAAACCAGAAAUUAAAAAGAAGAAGUAUGAUAUUUGGUGUGCAGAGUUGCAAGAGUCGGCACUUACGGAUGAUCUUGUAAAUAUUGACGUUGCCAACAAGAUUAUAGACCGCAGCAGGAAUGUGGAGUCAUACGACUACAGGCUGGCAUUCAGACAGCACAGUGAUACCACUGUAGAUACAGUUGAAGAUUCAGCUGUUCUCACUGGUCACUUGGAACCAACGUACGGCAACAAGCGUAGAUUUGAUGAGAGAGGCAGUAUCAAACAACGGUUAGGACGACGAGAGAGUGGGAGCAAUAAUGAUAAUGAACAUUGUGCACCAAGGCAUUUACUUGCAUUGAAUUGCAGCCCAGAUGAUUCUGAAGAGGAGCUUGCGAAAGACAUUGCUGACAAGUUGUGGGAGCAGAAGGAGGAGCUUAUAUUGAAAGUUGUUCAAGUCCUAGGAAAACAGAAAGCCAUAGACCUAUUUGAGAAAACAAGAAAAGUAGAAGAAGUUGGUGGGCUGAUGAUAAUGAAUGGUCAGAGGAGGAGAACACCUGGUGGAAGUUACUUGUUCUUACUGAAAAUGGACAAUGGCGUACCACAGGAGAAGAAACAAAAAAUUCUCAUGGAUAAUGGUAAAGAUCCUUGGAAGAAGCUUAAGAAGAUUAGGAAGAAACGGAAGUUUAUUAAGAAGACCUUGUCAUCAGAUAAAUUGUCAGAUGUGGACCUUCCAACACUACUAACUAGAGCAGAACUAGCUGCAGCGAAGGCAAAUGAUGAAGACGAUGAUGAUGAACGAGAAGAGUGUGAAGCAGAGGCUACAGACAAGGAAGAGGGUGAAGCAGAGGCUACAGACAAGGAAGACACCACUAAUCCUCCACCUCCCCCAUCACCAGCAACAGAUGGACGGGAUAACAGCAGUGACGGAGAGGAUAGGACUGCACAGAUAUCGUUUGAAAACAGAGAUUGUGAAAGCAACCGCCGUACUGUCACCUACGAUGAUGACGACUUUCUGGAUGUGUCUUGCAACCCCAUGGACCUUUUUUAGGUCUCAAAUGUGCAGUUCAGUGUACUAAAUGACUGAUAGAAGAAUUAAAUGUGCAAACUUGAACUUUUUUCUUUGAUGAAAAAUUUUACUUGUUCACUAAAAUAAAGUUACUAUAAAAAUGGA